AUGAAGCUCGUCCGGUUUUUGAUGAAAUGCGCCAAUGAGACGGUGACUAUCGAGUUGAAGAAUGGCACAAUCCUUCACGGCACCAUCACCUCCGUGUCGCCGCAGAUGAACACCUCCCUGCGCACCGUCAAGAUGACCCCCAAAGGCCGCGACCCCAUCUCCCUAGACACGAUUAACAUCCGUGGCUCCACGAUCCGGUACUACAUCCUCCCCGACAGCUUGCCGCUGGAUACUCUGCUCGUGGACGACCAGCCCAAACCCAAGAACAAGGCACGCAAGGAAGCGGACCGCGGCGGCCGGGGCGGCCGUGGUGGUGGUCCUGGUGGACGAGGUGGACGGGGUCGUGGCCGUGGCCGCGGCCGGGGCAGAGGAUUCUAA